AUGGCACGAGAGCACCGCCGGGAAAUAUCUCCCUCAAAGCCGAAAGAGGGCUUCAGCGCCGCUGGUGCGGUGUGCAAAGGCUGCUCUGGAUUCUGCGCCGAAUUUUUCGAGUCCUCCGGCCAUCGUUAUGAAUAUAAGACGAAUCAUGUCUGGGGAGUUUUCCGCCCCCUGCUCACGGAGAAGGCCACUUUGGCCGAAAGACUGAGCGGCAUCCUGACCUCAGACAUGCCAAAAACUUUCCAGGAUGCUGUUAUGCUGACGCGGCUCCUGGGCGUCCAAUAUCUUUGGAUCGAUAGCCUGUGUAUCAUUCAGGAUGACGCCACGGACUGGGAAAUCGAAUCGGCCAACAUGGCAAAGGUAUACUCCAACGCACUUCUAGUCAUCUCGGCCGACGACGCAAAGGACGCGCGUGAUGGUUUUCUACGUCCGAGAGGUGAAGGUGCUUAUUCGUCCGUCGAAAUUCCUUAUCACGACGCAGCGACGAACAAAAAUGGCAACAUCUACGCCCGAAAGAAAUGGCUCGACAUCGGUGAUUAUGAGGACAAUAUCUAUGUAUUCGAUGAGACCAUCGAGGAAUUUGCCCACACGGGGGAACGAAGUCAUUCCAGGUCGUUGCUAAACACACGAGCCUGGGCAUUCCAGGAGCGCCUCCUGAGCCCUAGGACACUCCACUACUCCUCGUCAGAGAUGGCUUUCGAAUGCAGGAACAUAAUCCAGUGCGAGUGCUCUCCAAGACCCAGGCGCGAGAUGAAAUCGCGUCUCUUCAAGAACCAGGGCAUUGCCGAAUCUUCUAUCGGAAGGUCUGACUGGAUGACCAUUCUCGAUAGCUUCACAGACAGAAAUCUCACCUUCGACACUGAUCGGCUCCCGGCUCUGGCCGGCGUGGCGGCGGCUAUGGAGCCAUAUACGGCCGAUGACUAUAUCUGCGGCCUAUGGAGGCAGGAAUUCAGGACCGGUCUCCUCUGGGAGAUUCACCACCGCUCGAGCCCGCCAGCUCGUCGCCACCGACAGUACUACGCGCCUAGCUGGAGCUGGGCGUCGGUGAACGGGAGCACGGUGCACGGUUUCGGCCGCUACAAUGGCUGGUCGGAAAGCCAAGGUGAAUGGGCCGAGGUCCUGUCCAUUGACAUCGAGAAGACGACGAAGAAUCCUUACGGACCGGGGCGUGGAUCAGUCUUGCUUCGAGGCUAUAUCGGCUUGGCAACUGUAUCGGAUUUUCAACGCCGGCCACCCCUCAUAAGGCUUGGUGCCGCUGGAACGAAAGGCGGUGAAGAUAUUAUCUUUAACGUUGACAUCGAGGAGAAGCCCGAGGUUGUCCAAGGCGGCGAGGUGUACAUUUUUGUUGUCACGAGUAAGCCGAGCAAGGAGGACAGCACAGUUCGGACGGAUAUGUCUUGCCUUGUUCUUUUGAAGGCCGGAGAAGAAUCGCCAAACAUCUAUCGCCGUGUAGGACAUGCAGAGGGCUUUUAUGGGCAAAAUUUCAACAGCUGGGAUCAACAUUUUCAACGCGAGACAGUUCGUCUGAUCUAG